AUGCUAAUUGAUGUUGCUAUUGAGAAAGUGCAGGGGCUAAUAUCUUUCUUCAAUCAGUAUAGAGAAACUGGUUUCUCAAAUGCAGUGGAGGCAGCUACAGAAAUUGCACUCGACAUGGAUAUUGGUACAAUAUUUCGUAAAAAAAGGCAAAUUAAAAGAAAGAGGCACUUUGAUGAGAAUCCUGAUGACUCAAGUGCUGCCGCAGAAUCUCUUGAGGAUUUAUUUAGACGCAACUAUUUUAUACCAAUUGUUGAUCAAGCUAUUUCCUCUCUUACUACAAGAUUUGAACAGUAUCAAGGUUAUAAGAAAAUAUUUGGUUUCUUAUUUACUUCUGAUGCAUUGCGUUCUUUGGAUAAUAAGAGCUUGAAAUGUUGUUGUCAUCAUCUUGGGGCUGCACUUAAACGAGAUGGACAAUCUGAUAUUGAUGCUGAUGACCUUUAUGUGGAAUUGAUUUUUCUUCAAGAUUUUAUUCCACAAGAAAAUAAAGGCCCGAUCGAAAUUUUAAAUUUUUUGAAGCGGCACGCGUGUUUUCCCAAUGCAACCAUUGCAUACAGAAUUCUAUUGACCAUUCCAGUGACUGUUGCAUCAGCAGAGCGGAGCUUUUGUAAGCUGAAGCUAUUGAAGACCUACUUGCGAACUACAAUGACACAAGAAAGACUUAAUGCACUGGCAUUAAUAGCACUUGAGAGUGGCAUGCUGGACAAGAUUGAUUAUGAGUAUAUCAUUGAAGAUUUCGUUUCAAAGAAUGCUAAAAGAAUAUCGCUUUACAAGUGA